AUGUUUAGAAAUUCCCUUCAAAUCUUUGCUUAUAAAUUUGUCACCAUUCCGGCUUUCAAGAAACUUCAUCGUCUGGCAAAUUGGAUGCGAUCACAAGAUGUGUCUCCAAUGUGUGGUCGCUGUGUCCUUUUCGGGCUUUACUUGAUCGUUCUUUUGGAGACACUCACCGUCGGUUUAUUGGGAUUCGCUGCAUGGAGAGAGUUCAAUCAAAUCAUCAAUCUUCGUGUUCAUGAAAGAGACACAAAUGCGGUGAUUAUUCUCACAAUCGUUGUUGUUGCUUUAUUGGGGUACGCUGUCAGUCUGCCUUGUUUAUGCUUUGCAACACAUACUCAAUCCUCAUCAGCUGUUGUUCCAUAUCUUUCUUGGAGACUACUAUUCAAUACAUUGAUUGUUAUUAUUGUUAUUUCACAGACGUUAUUGGGUCGACGAAAGAGAGCGGCACCGUUUUCGUCAACACUUUUUGGUCGACAACUAACGAUAGCAAUAGCUGAGUUCGUUUUUGGCACCGCUUUCCUCAUCGUUGCCCAUCUAGCCUACCAACAUUAUGAGAGAUUGAGAUUGAGGAGACAUGAAAGUGACGAGGAUCUCGUUGAGACACAUAAAGUUUUAUAUGCAUAUGCU